AUGUUGGAGGGGUCGCUGGUGGACGGUCUGACCGGGUACCUGGAGUUGCUGUCGAUGGAGGAUCAGGAUGCCAGGGUCCCAGCCCUGGAACCAUUCAGGGUGGAGCAGGCACCACCUGUAAUCUACUACAUCCCUGACUUCAUCUCCAAGGAAGAGGAGGAGUAUUUGCUUCGACAGGUCUUCAAUGCCCCAAAGCCAAAGUGGACCCAGCUCUCUGGGAGGAAGUUACAGAACUGGGGUGGGCUUCCCCAUCCCCGGGGGAUGGUUCCUGAGCGACUGCCACCAUGGCUCCAGCGCUAUGUGGACAAAGUGUCUGACCUCAGCCUUUUUGGGGGUCUCCCAGCCAACCACGUCCUUGUAAACCAGUAUCUGCCUGGGGAGGGCAUCAUGCCCCACGAGGACGGGCCACUGUACUACCCGACUGUCAGCACUAUCAGUUUGGGCUCUCACACCGUGCUGGACCUCUACGAGCCUCGGCAGCCAGAAGACGAUGACCCGACAGAGCAGCCCCGGCCCCCACCGCGGCCGGCCACCUCGCUGCUGCUUGAGCCGCGCAGCCUGCUGGUGCUCCGGGGCACCGCCUACACGCGCCUCCUCCACGGCAUCGCGGCAGCCCGCGUAGACGCGCUCGACGCAGGCUCCCUGCCGCCCAACGCCGCCGCCUGCCCCUCGGCGCAGCCGGGAGCCCGCCUGGUGCGCGGCACCCGCGUCUCGUUGACCAUCCGCCGCGUCCCCCGCGUGCUGCGCGCUGGCCUCCUGCUCAGCAAGUGA